AUGGGUGUGGCCGGACCCCUGGCCACCGGCGCUGCGCCAGAGGCCGGCCCCCCCAGGUUAGCAGCAGCUGUCAGCGACGUCGCAGAGGAAUGCAAAUUGAUCAUCCAAGCUACCAGACAAGAGCAGAGGCGUCUGGCCAUGGAGCCCACCUUUCAGGUUGCUUUAACCUACGGUGGCAUUAAGUGGGCUGGCAUGGCCAAAGGUGCCUGGAACCCGCCUGGCGACAGGUCGAGACAGGACAAGACAAGACGAGUCAUUGCCAGGAUGCUGUCUACGGGCCAAAAGCGUCUGGACAGCGCGAAACCGGCUCGCAGGCUUGAUCAACGCUCACCGGCAAGGGUGUCAGCGAUCGGAACCAUCUCAGGAGUAACGUGGACGCAUCCUACCUGCCAUUCAAAGGAGCGUAUCGAGCUAGUCGGGUGCCAAGGGCACAGCUGGCUGCUUUCUCGUGGCGUCCUUGAAUCCAAUCGCUUGAUUCUUGCAUGCGAACUGCACGCGAUCCCACCUCUCCUGCACCCGUACCAGCCACCCUGCUUCGCACCAGUCGAAUUGCAAAAGAUCCAGGCCGGCCGAACGCCGUCGACGAAUGAAUAG